CAUUGUAAGCCUACUAAGCCACCAUGUAUUAAGGCUGCUCUUCCCAGCUCCUUCCUGAGGUUGAGUGGGAGAGGGAGAAACACACACACACACACACGGGAGAGAGAGAGAGAGAGAGAGAGAGAGAGAGAGAGAGAGAGAGAGAGAGAGAGAGAGAGAGAGAGAGAGAGAGAGAGAGAGAGAGAGAGAGAGAGAGAGAGAGAGAGAGAGAGAGAGAGAGAGAGAGAGAGAGAGCUUCAUUAUUACUCUUCAGCCUAGCCCAAACUUCAGAUUAUCAGAUAUGAUGAAUCAGAUGAAGCAUAGGUCCUUCUUGUGCUCCAUCAUCUCCCUUAUCUUAACCUUUUCAUAUUUUGCAGCUAGUGAUGACCAGUUUGUCUACCAUGGCUUUGCCGGAGUUAACCUCACCUUAGAUGGCAACGCCUUGGUCACACCAGACGGCCUCCUUGAGCUCACCAAUGACACAGUCAAUCUAGGCCAUGCAUUUUACCCUACUCCAUUAAACUUCCACCAACAGCUCAACGGUACUGUGCAAUCUUUCUCCAUCUCCUUUGUGUUUGCAAUCCUCUCUGUCCAUGAUGACAUUAGUGCCGAUGGCAUGGCCUUUUUUGUUGCCCCAACUAAGAACCUCUCAAACACAUGGGCACAGUACAUAGGCCUCCUCAACAGUGGGAAUGACGGCAACUCGACCAACCACAUGUUUGCUGUCGAGCUUGAUACAAUCCAAAACAAUGAGUUUAAGGACAUCGACAAUAACCAUGUGGGCAUCAACAUCAAUAGUCUCACCUCUUUGCAAGCCAAUCACACUGGAUAUUACGAGGACAAGAGUGGUUUCUUCAAUAACUUGACUCUAAUCAGUGGGAAGGCAAUGCAGGUGUGGGCAGAUUAUGAUGGAGAGAGAACAAAAAUUGAUGUAACCUUAGCUCCAGCAGGAGCAGCCAGACCUGUAAGGCCUCUUCUUUCAUCUACCUAUAAUCUCUCAGCGAUUCUCAGAGAAAAAUCCUACAUCGGCUUCUCGGCAACAACCGGUGCAAUAAGCACACGACACUGUGUUCUUGGCUGGAGCUUUGCAAUGAAUAGACUAGCCCCAGCAAUUGAUAUAUCCAAGCUACCAAAGCUACCAAGAGUUGGCCCAAAAUCCCGUUCCAAGGUCCUAGAGAUCACCCUGCCUAUAGCCACUGCAACAUUUGUUCUUACUGUUGGGCUUGUCAUUGUCCUACUUGUUUAUAGAAGAUUAAGGUACAAGGAGGUAAAGGAAGAUUGGGAGGUUGAUUUCGGUCCACAUCGGUUCUCGUUCAAGGACUUAUUCCUUGGCACAAGAGGUUUCAGGAAAAAGAACCUGCUUGGUGUGGGUGGGUUUGGAAAGGUCUACAAAGGGGUUCUUCCAAAGUCCAAAGUUGAGGUAGCUGUAAAGAGGGUAUCCCACGAGUCAAGGCAAGGCAUGAAGGAGUUUAUUGCUGAGGUUGUUAGCAUUGGCCGACUUCGACACCGCAGCAUUGUACCGCUACUUGGAUAUUGUCGGCGACAAGGUGAACUUCUUUUGGUGUAUGGCUAUAUGUCAAAUGGCAGCCUCAAUAAGUAUCUGUACUGUGAAGAUGCUCAUCCAUCAUUGAGUUGGGCCAAUAGGUUUCACAUCAUCAAGGGUGUUGCAUCUGGGUUGUUCUACCUCCAUGAGAAGUGGGAAAAAGUUGUCAUCCACCGAGACAUUAAGCCAAGCAAUAUCCUCAUUGAUAAUGAAAUGAGUGGACGAAUAGGUGACUUUGGUCUUUCAAGGUUAUAUGAUCAUGGCACCGAUCCACAAACCACGCAUAUGGUUGGAACCAUGGGUUACCUAGCUCCAGAGUUGGUACGCUCAGGUAAAGCAUCCACAUCGACAGACGUAUUUGCAUUUGGCAUUCUUCUUCUUGAGGUCACUUGUGCACAAAGGCCAGUUAAGAAAAAUUCGAAAGGUGGCCAGCAUACAUUGAUGGAUUGGGUUUUAGAUCCAAGACUCAAAGAUGAUUAUAACAUUGAUGAGGCAUGCCUAGUACUAAAGCUUGGACUUUUAUGCUCACAUCCAUUUGUCAACGCAAGACCCACCAUGCGACAAGUGAUGCAGUACCUUGAAGGUGAUACAGCAAUCCCAGAGAUAACAUCAACACAUUUCACCUUCACCGUGCAGGCCUUCCCGCAUCAGGACGAAGGCUUUGAAUCACCUAAUAUGACAUAUCCACAAAUAACUCCAAGUUUUGGCACAUUUUCAAGUCUCUCAGGAGGAAGAUGAUAUAUGGGUGUCUAGAAUUAUGGUGUCCCUUCAAAGAAACUGGUUACAAAUGCUUUCUGGGGAAUUUAAUUUGUGACCAGUUCUGGAUGCAUGUAAGAAUGUAUUGGAUCAUAAGGAGUGGCUCGUAAGCAGAUCUCAUUUAAUAAUCGAAAGAUCAAUCAAAUGUUUAAUCUUGUCA